AUGACGUUCUUCAUCGGGAUCGCAGCCUGCGGCGUAGCAGCUAUAUUCUUUGGCUCGAUGUUUGUUGCACUCCGGCGAAUUGAGACUGGAGAUGGAAUCUUCGCUCAGUGGAUCAUUGCUAUGGCGAUUCUUUGCGUUGGAUUCGCUGACUUCUGGUAUCGAGGAUUUCCCGGUUUUUAUCCAUUGGCAAUGAUUGGCGGUGCUCUAUGGACAAUG